AUUCAACGGGUAUUAUUAAUUUUAAUAAUAUUUUACUAAAUCAAUUAUACUUUAGGGACAUUUGGACCGGUGUGGUCGGCCACAAAGUAGACGUGCAUGACCUUUAGACAAAAUGCAAAUAGAUAGUUAGAUACCAUUGUUCUAUUUUAUUUUUUUGAGCACAUGAAAUUAAAUUAUUGCGGGGCACGAACACGCUUUGCAUCCGAAGCUUCAAAUGCAAAUUUGCACUGAAGUAAGCAAAGAAAAAAAAAUACUGAGGUAACGUAAAGUAUUACAAAGUGCUUAUAAGUAUUUAAAGUUUGAGACAAGUAUAUUUUUGGUUCACUUAAACAUGUUAAUGAAUUUUAGACUUUUCUUUGAUAACAUGAAUUUUACACUUCUGAAUAAGAACAUAAGUUAGUAAAUAAAAUAUAUGUGCAGAUCUUUUUGUCUGAAAAUGCUUAUAUUAAAACAUAAAUAUACUAAACAAAUUCCAGAGGCAGGUAAACCGGAAAAAAGUUUUGAGUGAUUUAAUUGACCUUCACAAACCGCAUGGAACAUAUAUAUGUAAGAAACAACCAUUAUAUAAUAAAAAUAUUAAACUGAUAUAUCUAGUUACACAUAACUAACUAUAUCAUGGAACAAAUCACAAAUACAAUAAUGUCUUUGUUUGAAGAUAUUAAGAAAAUUGAAAGAAAAGCUAGGCCUGAGUGACCGCCGGUUUAAUUCUUACAUAGACCUUCCCUAACAGAAAUAACAGAAUAAUAAAACAUUUUAUUUAUUUUCUAGAAGAAAAAACAGAAAUGAAAGAACCAAAAAAAAUACCUAACUUGGAAUACAAAUAAAGAGAUCACGUCGUCAUCUUCAACCUCUCUGACCUGUUCUGUUCUCUUCUGUUCUGUUCCUCUCUGCUUUUUCCUCAUUCCUCAUCUCUGGAGCUGGAGGGUCAGGUCAACCCCCCCCCCCUCCUUCUUCCAACCGCCGCCAUGCCCUACCUCCGCCUCAUUCUCCUCCUCGCCGUCUUAUCCCUCCUCUCUUCCACUCUCUCUCAGCCCUCUCCUCCCUCCGCUAUUCUGAUCGACUGCGGCGCUUCCGCCUCCUCUCUAAUCAACGGUCGUAAAUGGCAAUCCGACACGGAUCUCAUCUCCACCGGAACAUCCAAGAACGUCUCCGGACAAGUCCUAGACCAAAUCUUAUCAACCCUCAGAUCCUUUCCUCUUAACCCUUCCGUCACUCGUCGCAAGUUCUGCUACGUCAUCAGUGUCUCUCGUGGAUGGAAGUACAUGAUCAGGUCGACUUAUUUCUACGGAGGAGUCAACGGAAAGGACACUCCUCCGCCGGUUUUCGAUCAGAUCGUCGACGGGACGUUUUGGGGAGUUGUUAAUACCACUGCUGAUUAUGCAGACGGUUUAGCUUCUUAUUACGAAGGUGUUUUCUUAGCGCAGGGGAAGUCCAUAAGCGUAUGCAUUGCUUCGAAUACGUAUACGAGUUCGGAUCCGUUUAUCUCGGCCUUGGAGGUUGUUAGGCUUGAUGGUACUGUUUAUAAUUCUACUAAGUUCAAAGAGUUUGGGAUGAGUCUUGUUGCUAGGCAUGCUUUUGGGUACAGUGGACCAAUCAUCAGGUUUCCAGAUGAUGAGUUUGAUAGGUUUUGGGAGCCAUACUCUCUAAACUCGACAGUACCAAACAAUCGAAAACUAGAAGUUUCUGGUUUCUGGAACCUCCCGCCUUCGAGGAUAUUCAACACUGAUCUAAGAGCUAACCAGGUUCAGCCUCUGGAGUUCACAUGGCCACCAAUGCCCUUGAAAAACUCUUUUUAUUACAUCGCGCUGUACUUUGCUCAUGACUCUGAUUCACUGGGAGAUGGAACCAGCGUCUUUGAUGUCUCUGUGAACGGUAUAGCGUAUUAUAAAGAGCUCUCUGUCUCUCCAGCUGGUUCGGUUAUAUUUGCAAGCAGGUGGCCUCUUGAAGGUCUCACAACGUUGACUCUAACUCCUACAAGUGGCUCAACUCUUGCUCCUCUUGUUAAUGGUGGUGAAAUGUUUGAGCUGAUAUCUCUUGGAGGGAGAACUCUUGUUCGAGAUGCGACUGCUCUGAAUGCUAUUAAAAGAAGUUUCAAGAACGUACCGGUUGAUUGGAAUGGAGAUCCUUGUAUGCCUAAAAACUACUCGUGGACUGGUGUUACUUGCUCUGAUGGCCCUCGAAUUCGUAUAGUAGCUUUGAACUUAACUAGUAUGGGACUUUCAGGUUCUCUAGCACCUCAAGUUGCUAAAUUAACAGCAUUGUCCUCCAUUUGGCUGGGAAACAACUCUCUCUCGGGAAGUAUACCUGACUUAGGCUCACUCAAGUUUCUGGAAUCAGUGCACUUGGAAGACAACCGUUUUAGUGGAACUUUUCCUUCAUUUUUCGAUGGAGUGCCACGCUUAAGAGAGCUGUUCUUGCAAAACAAUAAUCUAACUGGCAAGGUUCCUAGCAAACUUCUUCAGAAGCCAGGGCUUGAGCUAAGGGUUUCUGGUAAUCCCUUUUUGACUCAACCACCACGUUGAUUCAGCCCUUUUAAGAAGAAGACGACAGUGAUUUGAGUUUGUGUUAUAGUUUUGUAAAUUAGAAGCCUCACGUGUAUAUCCUACUUUAACAUAUAUCUGGAUGCUUCAUUCUUUUAUUACUUACUUUGGGGGACAAGGGAUUACUGAUUGCAUAUGUUGUGUAAUGAAUACAAAAAAUUGUAUUAUGAGUAUUUGUGAUAAACAGAGUUUAUGUGUGUUUCCUCUA